GACCCUGCUGCUCUCGCUAGGCUAGAGGUUCGCUCCGACAGAUGUUCCGCGCCACUUCCUGAAAAUACUCGGAGAUUAUGUCACGUUUUCAUCCCAGCGGGACACGAAGGCGUUUCUACCCGGCAGUCGGUGCGCCAGCUGUGUUGGUCGCGAGCGACGAGGGCUCCAGCAGGCGCAUGUUGGCGUUGGAAGUUUACGCUGCUAGCUGGCUAAGCUAGCUCUGCCAAGCUGCUGCUCGGGUGAUGAAAAGCCGGACUUAUCUUGUGUCACUCGGUGAAAGCCUGUGCAGUUUAACUGCGCGGAGGGUCAACCGAGGUUUGAGCCUUCAACAGCCGCGUGACUCUUGGAUCAUGGAGUCCUGAAGGCUCCAACCGUCAGCGACUCAUCACGUCGCUCGCAGCUAUUUUGGACCCCAGGUCACUGUUUGGCCGCCGACCAAGUGUGACUUCCUGAAACUGAUGGGGAACUGCUGUCGCCCUGCGAGUCCCUGUGGCAGUGCGGAGGAGACUAGCGUUCUUCUGAAGGAUGACUCAAAAGGCCAAGUCACCGCGGGCGGAUCAGUUGCGGUGGGAACUUGUGGUCCCGCUGGAGACGAGAAGAUAAUUGCUGUUGAUGUAAUGAAGGAAGCUUUAAAAACAGAAGAGAAGUUUGACUCCUCGCAGCCAAAACCAAGUCCUAAAAAGUCAGCAGAGACCAGCGCCACUCAGGAAAACGGACGUCUACAAAAGGAGGAAGUGAGGACUGAGGCGGCUUCCCCUGCUCUUGAGCCCUCACUGGAGAUAAGAGCCAGCAGAGCCCAGGAGGACGGAGAGAAAGCAGCCGGUGAUGGUCCGAAGGAUCUUCUGCUGUGCAGCUCGCCGGAUGCAGACGAGCUUGCAGCUGCUUGGGAGGUUCUAAGCUCAAACGCAGAAGGGAUUUCAGCUUCAGAGCCAAACUUCUCAGAAGUCACCUCAGUAUCAGACGGCCACAAAAGCAGCUCUCAGGGUGAAUCAUUCGUAACGUCAGACCCUGGUCGUGAAGCAAACAAAGAACCGUGUUCUGACGCUGCCCAACUGCCUGAGAGCAGCGAAGAUUCUGUGCCAAACAUCACAGCUGUCCUCAUUCAGGAAGUGAAGUCCAGCAAUGUGUCGGCUGUGGCCUCGGAGCGAGACGAAGCUUCUGCGUGUGUGGAAGCCAGUCUUCAGAGCAGAGGAAUCAGCAGCGUCCCAGAGCUUCCUGCAUCUGACACUUCUGAAGUGAGCGAUGAAGGAAGAGACUCCUCCGGUGUCGCUGAGGAGCUGGUGACCUCAGCGCCGGCAGAUACGGAGCGGAGCCCGGAGCACACUCAGGAUGACAAAGCUGCUCCUGCGUGUUCACGCGGCGGAGCACAAGUGGCCACUUCCUCGGAUGAAGCCAGGCAGGAUGUCCCAGAGGAAACCAUGUGGGAGGGGCUGGAUAAUGAUGGCGAGGGUCCAAAAGCUUUGAAGGCCGAGUGGACCGAGGGUGAGGAGGAGAAGGUUGGACUUCAGACUGAGGAGGUGGCAGGGGAUGUGCAGGGGGUCCAAGAUGAGACGACGGAAGAAGUUUGUUUGGAAAACAGCAGUGAGGAAGACCUGUACCGAGGGGCCGAUGAGCUGUCCACUACAAACAGCUCUGGACCUUCAUCGCUGCUGGAUUCAUCCGCUCCCAAGCUGGAGAGCAGAUGCAGUUUGGCUCCAGCGGUGGACAUUCUGUGGUACAGUGAGCAGGAGUGGAGAGGAAACACAGCCAAGAGCGCCCUCAUCAGGAAGGGUUAUCGACUCAUGUCCCACAGCUUCAGCCGCCUGAGGAGAGUGAGAGGAGACAAUUACUGUGCCCUGAGGGCCACACUCUUCCAGGCUCUGUCCCACAGCACUCAGCUGCCGUCGUGGCUUCAAGAUGACAUCACACUGGUGCCGGAGGAACUGGAGGAGCGAGAAGGUCUGGUCAGCCAGUGGAUAUUUCCCGGAGAGUGUCUUCAGGAAGACGGGAUGAGGGAAGUCAUUCCGCAGCUCAAGGGCUACAUGAAGCUCCUCCAGGACAAGUGGCGAGCGGCGGUGGACUGCUCCUCGCCAGUCGAGCGCCAGCGUCUCUGCGAGAGCGUCUUCCAGGGCGGCGAAGACGAGCUCGGCCUGCUGGAGGCGCUGAAGCUGCUGAUGCUGAGUCGCGCCGUGGAGCUGCACGCCUGCAUGCGCGGCGGAGGAGACGUGCCCUUGUUCUGCUGGCUGCUGUUCGCGCGGGACUCGUCCGACUGUCCGCGCUCCUUCCUGUCCAACCACCUUAGCCACGUGGGCCUGAGCGCCGGGCUGGAGCAGGUGGAGAUGUUUCUCCUGGGCUACACGCUGCAGCUGACCCUCCAGGUUCACAGGCUCUACAAGGUGGACACGGAGGAGUUUGUCACCUUCUACCCGGACGACCACAAGGACGACUGGCCACUGCUGAGUCUGGUGACCGAAGACGAUCGGCACUACAACGUGCCGCUGCUGCGAGCCGCGGAGGAAGAGGAGCCCAGCCGGAGCUGAUGCUGAGGAACCUCCCGCCAUACUCCCCGUCCUCAGGGCGAUCCAGAUUUACACCGCUGUCCCAGUCCCAGGACAGGACCGUCGGCCGUUGGAUCUUCGAUCUCAGACGUGUCUGAGCUGCACAAACGUGACGCCGGGUUCACGCCGGAGUCCGCAGGUACUGAGACCUUCAGGUGGGAAAAGACGGCUUCAGGAAUUUCUGUCUCCUUUUCCAGUCGUCUGUCUCGAUGUGUAACAUGAUGCCUUUAAAGCCGCCGCCGCCGCGGCAGCAGACGUGCCAACGCGGUGAGAAGCGGCAGACCUCUGGUGCCAGGUGUGGUCCGCAACCCUCCUGCUGUGUGCCGCUCACUCACCUGCCGAGCCACUGCUUUGUGAUGAAGUAGUGUCCCCCGGCUCAGCUGCGGGAGGGCGGCCCUUCAUUUGGCCCCGCAGGAACAUGGUCUGUUAGCUAACACUGUUGUGUGGCCUUGCUUCGGUGCCCAAGCUUUGGCCUCUGGACCCUUGUCUGCCAUCUUGUCCCUCAUUCGGCGCUACAGCUUCGGCCCCAUGAUCGGCACUUACAUGGGAGUCCUUCUGCCAACACCGAUGUUUUGGCCCCCAGUCCGGAACAUCAGUGACAGUCACUUCUGUAUGGCUCUGUUUCCGUCGUGGAAAUGGCAGUCGCUCGGUCGGUCCCUCUGCUUUGGGGCCCUUGGUCCAUGUGGAAGCAGCAGCUCUUCGUAUGACACCGAAGUGACGGCCCCUCAUGCGGCACCAAAGCAGCUUCACCUCUGUCCGCCCCGUCCUGUGCUCAUCACUCGACUAACUUACUGUCGUUCAGUGGAGCGAGGUUCUUCCACUCAGCGACGGCCCUCUGGUGACUUCGUAAUGAUGAAGCGGAAGCCCGACAGCAGCGAUGUCGGCGGUCUCUCCGCCGACGUGACGUUCUCCACUCGCUCCGCCAUGUUGCCUUAGAAAUAAAUGCACAAUAAGAAUGAAUGUCGACCGCUGUCCAGGCUAACUCUUUAUCUGCUCUCCUUCUUCUCAGGCGAAGGAAAGUUGUUGCACUCAGAAUUUUGGAUGAAAUUUAAAUAAAAUAAAAACUGAAAUUGAAGUUUGUGUUCUGUGAAUACAGAAGUGUUCAGGGACUGAAGGUUGAGACAAAACAGUCUGGGAGUAGCAAGUAGCUAUUUCAGCUCCAACUUCCUCCACAGAACAGAUGAUGAGAUGUUUCCUUCCGCUUUUAUUGUGUUGUGAAAUGAAGAGAUUGCUUCCCUCGAGGUCACAUCAGGCUCUAAAGCUGUUUUCAAGAACCAAGUUGACACACAUUUUUACUACAUUUGAAAGAAUUCAAUGUACAUAUAAGUAGUAAAAUGAAUUACAGGGAGAGUUAAGAGUGUAAAUUAAAUAUUUGUGUCUAACAGGAGGCAGCAAAACAAAAGUUCUGGAAGUCGCAUUGACUCCGUCCUCACCCAAGGAUUUUCUGCAACUGGCGGUUGCAUCGCCGAGGCAACAGCUGAAGUUAAGAGGCCCAGACUUGUCUCUCCCCGGAAACAUUCUCCAGCUCUUCAGCCUAAAUAGACUUAGACUUUCUUUAUUGUCAUUGCACAAAAACAUAUCACUAUAUUAUGGCAAUGAAAUUUCGGUCUGAGGCCUCUGGUUUCCCAAAACAAAACUAUAUGUCCAAAAAUAAAUAAAUAUUCGAUACAUACUAGUCCAAGAAGAUGUACAAAUAAACAGUAUUGCAGCUACUGUCUAACGUUCAGCAGCCUGAAUGUAGCACCAGGAACGAAACUAUUCCUGAAUCUGGUGGUUCUACAUCAGAUGCUACGGAAAACCUAAAUGGUUUUUGAUGAGGAUGAGCAGUCAGUCGACUCAAGAGUCUCUCUCGGGUGACCAAGCUUCUCCCCCUAAUAGAAUCCAGACAUCCUGAGUCAUGGCCUGUGGACUUGUAGAGGCAACUGAAGGCCCAGCAUCAUGGUACAAACCCAAACUUUCUUACUGACUGUAAAGUUGCGGUCAAACAAUGCGCUUGUUUAGAGACGAUGUCAGGCUUCAUAACGUGUCCAUCAACUGGACCUGGUUCUGAAAGCUGAGUACAGGACACAUAGUUCGUAAUAAAGCAAUUUAUUUGCCAAAUAAGAAUGUCUAUACAGUAUGUACAAAGACGGAGGGACAGUCUGAAAACUAGCAGGUCAAAGUUGGCAAACAGAGUGGCUCGACUGUGGGACUGAGGAUAUGAACAACCGUGACUCCACGUCAACACUCAGUGAUAAUAUAGCGAGGGGUUCCCGACCCCUGCUCUCUCUUAAAUAUACACCUUUCUCAGCGCU